UAGGCUCGCUGUGAUAUGCGGCCUCGUUGAUGAUGUCGACGACCGACAAACUGCUAACUCCGGUGCUGCUCCCAGGAAUGUCAAACACUCCGUGGUGGUCAAUCCCACCCUCACACACUGAUGUCCAGAAGCCCUGCAGGCCACGAAUACCAUGUGCUCGCGUACAGAUGCAUGUUCACUGGACUGCUCUCGUCCGUCCGCCUACGUUCAGAGUGCGCAAUACCCUCACCGCCGGAAGGAGAAGUUGCGCCGGGCUUCUCCCUCGAGAAGACCACAUCCGCGCGCCGCGAUUUCGUAUGUACCGACUGUACGAGGUCUUUGCUGACGAGAGUGAUCUUUCUGAGGCGUAUGCUCCUUCGACAGCCUCGCCAGCGAACCUUGCGAUGCCCACAGGAUGCUCUUGCAACCGCCUUCUCGACGUGCAACAACUCCCAAAACAUUAUGGCAAGUGCGAAUAGCACUCUUGCCGCAUGCUCAACACCACAGCGGGUAGUCAUCCACCCCUGCAACGCCCGUCGAGCGUUCACAUGCCAUGCCAAUAGUCAGAUGCAUGGGGCGGGCUACGAACAGCUCCCCCUUGCGGCACGAAGCGCAAUUCGACAAUCCGCAGGUCCAGAGACGAGGGCCUGGGCAGCCGCUCGAACCCAAGAUAUGCAGCACACAGCCGUCACCAGGAUGGGUAUGCUCGAGCGGCCGCACGCGGCUUCGAGGACCACUUCGGAAGCGACCCAGUGCCUUCCAUUCACAGGUCCUCCUCGCGCCCGUCCCGCUCAGCGAACGCGAAAGCGUGGCGAACCUUCGUGUGGCUUCGAGCAACUAAUGGUGCGAGGAUGGGAGCUGAUACGAGCACGCUCAAGCUUUCUACAUAUGCACAAGCAGUGCUACAUGCAUGGUUGCCCAGGGCCAUUGAGCGAAGACCCCGGUCCUCCGUGUCUUGGGAUUGCCUCAAGACAUAAGUCAUGAGCCUUGGACCAAGGCUGGCAUGCACGAUGCAUUAGUCGAACCUCCAGGCGUUCCCGACUGCAUCGUGGCGGUGCAAGUAUCCGAGAAGAUCAUCGAAGAGCAACGGCCAGAAGAGGACUCCGGCAGACACCUGCCUGCAUAGCAGAACGGAUUCGGAGGCAAUGCGGAGAUCGAUGCAAAACAUAUCCAGCACUCCUCCUCAGCGCUGAGAAGUCAAUAAGAUGUUAUAGGACCUCGGGAGGGUCCUGGGUUCUUCGUUUUAACCGCAUUGUAAGCGCACAUAGCCAUCUCUC